AUGGACCAUAACAGCAACCUGCCACCUCAUCACCAGCUCCUGCAACACCUCAGGGCCCCACUCCAUGGUGAAAGCGCACACAUGCCCACGAGAAUGCCCAUAACCUUCUUUGUUGACUACAAGAACAUGGAACUGCUGUUUGCUGACCUGGUGAUUGACUGUGCUGGAGACGUGGCCCUGAUUUUCCAGGCCGUGUUUCUGCUCAAGGUGGGCUAUGAAGACCCGAAGAGAGCCCGCGUGGAGCUUCUGCACAAGACCCAGCAGUGCACACCUGUCCCUGGGAACCUUCUAGCAGCUGCCCAGUUGCAGCCUUCUGGUACAGAAGGCCCUGUAUGUGCUCCAGGUGCUGCUAGCUACCUGUUGUUGAUGCUCAUUGCCAUGACCUACAAUGCCUACCUGAGCUUGGAGGGUGCCAGCACAUGCUACUGGCUCUUUGGGGGCAAGAAAGCACAGGAAAUGGAUUCUCUGGAACUUGACUGGGAGCUAGGUGCAGCUGCAAGGGAUGUCCCUGGACCCCCUGGGAACCUAUGCGGAGCCCAACUUCCCUAA